AGUAUUAGGUGAGGAAUUCUCGAGUCUUACUCUACCAACCCCCAGCUGUGCGGCUGCUUGGUAUGCAUAGAGAUUGUUGGUGAGUUGACUGAGUUCCUCCUCUUCUUCUUCUUGUUUGUUCACAGUUCACCGUUGCUAUUGAUCGAUUUUAACAAAUGUCAUUGCCUUCCGUACAACUGAAACAACCCAAUAAUGUCAUCACCUGCAAAGCUGCGGUGGCAUGGGGACCUGGAAAGCCUUUGGUGAUAGAGGAAGUGGAUGUGAGUCCACCUCAGCCAUCGGAGAUAAGGAUCAAAAUUGUCUGCACCUCUCUCUGUCGCAGUGACCUCACUGCCUGGGAGUCCCAGGCUAUCUUUCCUCGGAUAUUUGGGCAUGAAGCAACAGGGAUUGUUGAGAGUGUUGGCCAGGAAGUGACUGAAUUUACAGAAGGGGACCAUGUGUUAACAGUCUUCACUGGAGAAUGCGGAACAUGCAGGCAAUGCAUAUCGGGUAAAAGCAACUUAUGCCAAGUACUGGGUUUAGAAAGGAGAGGUGUAAUGCAUAGUGAUAAAGGGACACGCUUUGCCAUAAGUGGGAAACCCGUUUAUCAUUAUUGUGCAGUUUCAAGUUUCAGUGAAUAUACUGUCGUGCACUCGGGAUGUGCUGUCAAAAUCAACCCAAUUGUGCCUCUGGACAAAGUAUGCCUUCUCAGUUGUGGAGUAGCUGCAGGCUUGGGUGCAGCUUGGAAUGUUGCUGAUAUAUCUAAUGGAUCAAGUGUGGUGAUAUUUGGUCUCGGAACCGUAGGCCUCUCUGUUGCACAGGGUGCUAAGCUUAGGGGCGCAUCAGCAAUAAUUGGUGUUGACACUAAUCCUGAAAAGGAAGAAAAAGCAAAAGCUUUUGGAAUUACCGAAUUUAUUAACCCCAAUGACAGUAAAGAACCUGUUCAACAGGUUAUUAAGCAUCUCACAGGUGGAGGGGCAGAUUACGCAUUUGAAUGUAUAGGUGACACAGGAAUGGUAACUACUGCAUUGCAGGCAUGUUGCGAUGGAUGGGGAUUGACUGUGACACUUGGUGUGCCAAAAGUAAAACCAGAAGUAUCUGCUCAUUAUGGAAUAUUUCUAACUGGAAGAACAUUGAAAGGGUCUCUUUUUGGAGGAUGGAAACCUAAAUCUGAUCUCCCUUCGUUAGUUGACAUGUACAUAAAAAAGGAAAUCCAAGUUGAUGAGUACAUAACACAUAACCUGUCAUUUAAAGAUAUCAACAAAGCUUUUGAUCUGAUGAGAGAAGGGAAGUGUUUGCGUUGUGUUAUGCACAUGGAAAAGUAGUUUCUCUUCUUCUAUUAUAUGACUAACGGAUAGAACAGCAUAAGUUGUUUAGCCGCAUAACUGGAGUUCUCAUCAAGUUACAAGUGGCAUGGAAGUGUGUAUUCAGGGAGACUAUCUGUAAUCAAUCCAUUUGAGUGUUUAAGAAAAAAGAAUAAAUUCAUUUGAGGGCUUUUAGUCCUGCUCUGCUGUUAAAGUUUAGACUUUAUUGCAAAUAUGCAUUCUUAUUGCUACAUUAGCGAA